AUGUCUGCAGCGUCGUCCGCCCCCGAAGUGCUUCAAGACUCUGAUGACGACCUUGACCUGGACGAAGGAGAUUUUGCUGGAUCCGAGGCAAAAUACAACCGUGAAAGGGAGCUGCUUGAAGCCAGAAAAGUCGACUUGAGCGCACACCAUCUACGAGCUAUGAGUCCCCUGCACGAGAUCAUGUUAUUGCAUGCUCUAACGACAGAUCUAGCUUCUGUGGCAGUAGGCGAGGCCGAGGGCUCUCGUCUUGAAGAUGAUGUUGCGAUGCAAGAUGAAGCGUCGCCACCGCCACAGAUCUCGGCGCGACAAGUUUUAGCACCAGAAGACAGUGUGGUAACUGGACCACUGACGCCAAGGCGUGAGGAUGGAGAGGACGUCAUCAUGGAGGAAAACGAGGAAGAGAAGGAACCCAAGGCACCUGCCCCUGCAACGGUGGCGCUUCGGUUUCGCGGCAUGUCUGUGGAGCGAGACUCGAUGCCUGAUCUCAGCACAUUGCCGUAUUUGGGCUCCGGGCCUCCAACGCCGCUUUCAGACAUUGAACAAGACCGACCAAAACUUCCUGAAACUGUCAUGUCCGCAAUCCGCGAUAAGUUACGGAAAAGCAUCGAGCCUGAUCUGUCGACUGAAGAAAUUUUGCAGCAAUAUGCUACACUCUACAGACAAUGGCGACAUAAUACCCGCCCAUUGGAUGAGGAGCGCGAGCAAGAAGAUGUCGAGCGACAACCCUCAGCGGAACCAAGUCUGAAGGCGACAACUCCCGAUGUCACCACGGCUGCCAUGGCUGGCUUGUUGGAACCCUUGCCCUCCGGCACUGGACGUCGAAGUCACUCGAGCCGAUGGGCUACCGAAUUGGACCUUGAGCAAGUCAUCAAGGAGUCUCUCAAAACGGCCGAAGAGGAACGGAUGGGCAAAAGAGAGAAGGAUCCGAGAAGGGCAAUGGCUGACCCAGAGAAGGAAGCCGAAAUACCGAUUGAGAUGUUUGAGUCUGAAGCUCAGCGAAGACGAUAUCACGAUACCAACUUUCAACGAGAACCAGGCCAAGGCAUAUUUGUCUUCCAUUACGAGCCUCCUGAGGAUGACUUCACAGAAGAGGAGCACCGAGUCAUGGUUCAAAACUAUCGAGACCAAUAUGCCAAGAAAUGGGGUAAGCUGGCUGAGAUCAUUUACAAAGAAACCGGUGUAGAGCGGACGUACAAGGAUUGUAUCAACCACUACUAUGCAACCAAAUGGGGUCGGGAGUAUAAGGGCAAGAUUAGGCGAGGCCGUGGCGGGCGACGGGGUGGCAGGACUGCGGGUCGGGGCCGUGGGGCGAUUGCUAACAUGGAACGGCCUGAACCUACCGAGGACGGCCUACCUCUACCUCUUACAGAAACCGGGCGGCCCAGGCGGUCUGCUGCGCCUACAUUCGGCGGCAUGGAGGCAGACUUCGACCCGAAUGCUGCAGCUACCCCAGGUCGAGCACGCCGGCAGACUGACGCUGAUGGAACACAAGACAAAGUCGGCAGGCGUGGCAAGUCGUUGAAGGAGAAAGGGAGAGGCAAAGCUAAGAACAUGCCUCUGGCGGCGGCUCCCGUGGGUUCACCUGUGAAAGUGGACCGUAAAGAGAAGGGACUUGGUGGUGUCAAAACAGAGGAUGACUUCGGGAAGCGUACGCUUGGUGAUAUGCCAAUGCCUAUCCCGAUCACUGUUCAAGCGGGAAUGAUGGAGGACCAGAUGAUGUUCCCUAGCGAGUCUUUGGCAGGCAUGCCUUUGAACAUGAUGGACCGUCCAAAGGGUCAGCCGAGCGCAAGGCCAGGCCCAUCGAGCUACUGGUCGGUUUCAGAGUUGCAAGACUUUGACAAAAAUGUGGCACAUUUUGGCACGGACUGGAUAGCCAUUGCCAACCAUAUGGGGACCAAAACACACACCAUGAUUAAGAAUCAGUACUUACGGUUGAUUGAACAGGGUCGAGCCGACCUAGAGCAAGUAGCCAAGGAAGCCGAUGUACGACGCGAGCGAGGCGACCACAUAGGACCACCACCAACGCCUACUCCUGCUCCUAAGAGACGCUACGAGAGCACGCAGACUGCACUUCCGCGCCAGAUUGCGCCUACGCCUGAGUUGCACAAGUCUCCACCUGUGAACCCGCUUGCAAUCCCAAAGACGACGCCUCCGCAUUCCGUGCCUUCAUCCAGGUUUUCUACCAUUGCACAAGCACCCGUACAAGGAAAGCCUUUGGUCUUCAGCAAGAACAAGAGGCCCAAGCCCAAGCCCAGCAUCGUUACCAGCAACAUUCGCGCCGCAUCUCCCAAGAGAUGA